UCAAUGAGAAUUCUCCAAUCCUCUCUCGCUCCAUUUCAAUUUCCUUGAACCCUAUCCCGAUCUCUGCCCUGUUUGGCUGCCGAGAAAGCAGAGACCUACCGAGGAAAAAUCAAAAAACCCUUUUGACGUAAUUAAUAAUGUCUUCCGAAUUUUCUCGGCAACCAAGCGGAAAAUUAUCAUGCCGGUGUUAGCCCGUGACGCCUAUUCGUCUUCUGCAGUGAUCGGCAUUUCUAUCGCCGGAACUUCGCCGGUAUAUCCUUCCUCCGGUCCCGUAUGUCUGCAAGUGUGCGGCUUGCCCACGCCGCCUCUCUCCAUGUGCAUUGCUUGCAUCCAUUGACGUCCUCGCUAUGUCUCCAUGCUUUGAGCUCCUCGAGAGCUCUAGUUCUUCUGGGUUUUUCUCAGUUUCUUCGGUGUUUAAGCCCUUAUUGCUCUUCUCGCUGUUCAUAUAGCACUUUGAAUCAGAGACGGUUCGAGUAUCUGAACCAGUUUUCUCCUUUUUCAAGAGACGAUUUAGAAUCUGUGACCUCCUUAGAUCCUUGGGAACGGCGUUUGAUUGUAGUGGGGUUGUCGAGAAUAAUCAAACGCGGCCAUUGUUAUAUCCUGAAACUUUUUUCCUAUGAGUUUAGUCCUUAUCUUCUCAUAGAAAUCAUGAAACAGCUUGAAACCAGAAAAGGGGCUUUCGCCUUCUUUAAAUUUGCAUUCGGGAAUUGCUCUGAGCCUACUUUGAGGUCUUGUUCCAUGGUUGCACAUUUACUAGCAGCAGAAAACCUGCGUUUCCUUGCUCAAGAUGUGGUGACGUUAAUGAUCAGGAGAAUGGGAACUGACAAGAGUAAAGAGUUGGUGGAGUUGAUGUGGACCGAUCAUGAACAAUUCGAAUCCGAUUUUUCAGUUCUGGAUUCGCUGAUGCGGGCAUUUGUGAAUUUGGAAAUGGGUAACGAGGCCUUGCAGAUUGUUCGAAGGAUUAGGGAGGUAGGUGCAAGGCCAAGCUUGUCAGCCAUGGUUUUGCUUUUCAAAUUGCUGCUUAGGAUCGGUGAUCAUGGUAGUGUAUGGAAGUUGCUGAGUGAUAUGAUUCGCAGAGGGCCUCAUCCUUCUAACUACAUUUUUAACAUGAUGAUUGUUGGGUUUUGUAGGAAAUAUUGUUUUAGGAUAGGAGAGAGUUUGUUACAUGUAAUGCAGAAGUUCGGGUGUCAACCGGAUGUUUACGCGUAUAAUAUCUUGGUCCAUGCGUACUGUAGCUCCGGUGUGAUUGUGGAUGCUCUUAGUUUGAUGUCUUUGAUGAAUGACGAGGGUUGUAAGCCAAACCUAGUCACGUUUAAUACGCUCAUUAAUGCGUACUGCAAUGAAGGAAAUAUGGUUGAGGCUAGGAAUGUUUUCAAUCAAAUCCAAGAGACUGAUCUUUCCCCAAAUGUUGUUGUGUAUAAUACUUUGAUGAACGGAUAUGUUAAAGCUAUGGAUAUUGGUCAGGCAAAGAUGCUGUACGAAGAAAUGAAAGCAAAGGGUUUGGCCCCUGAUGGUAUAACUUUUAAUAUUUUGGUCGGAGGAUAUCGCAAAUACGGGAGCGAAGAGGAUAUCGAUUGGUUGCUGGAGGAUUUGUUGGCAUCGGGUUUGCCUUCCGACGGUACAUUAUGUGAAAUUCGGGUAGCAGGUUUGUGUUCAAAAGGCAUGUUGGAUGAUGCUGUUAAAUUUCUGGAGUAUAUACUAGAGAGAGGGAUAUCACCAGGCAUAGUUGCUUUUAACUCUGUCAUCUCUGCUUAUAGUAGAGAAGGGUUAGAAGAAAAAGCUCAUGAAAUCUAUAAAAUUAUGGUUAAGUGUGGUUUUGUAGCUUCGUCUUCCACGUGUUGUGCUCUUCUAAUGGGGUUGUCAAAGAAGGGGAGACUGGUGGAAGCUCGUGAGCUUUUGAAUAGGAUGAUGGAGAAGGGCUUCCCUGUGAACAAAGUUGCUUUUACAGUUCUCUUGGAGGGCUAUUUCAAUGUGGGUGAUUUACCUGGUGCUCAAAGCCUGUGGAAUGAGAUGGAAGGAAGAGCAAUGUUCCCCGAUACCAUUGCAUUCUCUGCCUUAAUAGAUGGGCUUUCGAAAGAAGGACUUAUGGAGGAGGCAUAUGAUAUGUUCUUAGAGAUGUCACGGAGAGGUUUUGUCCCUAAUAACUUCACCUACAACUCUCUUAUCAGUGGGUUUUGUAAAUCAGGAAAUCUAAAUCAAGCUUUAAGCUUGGAGAGAGAGAUGAGGCAAAAGGGUCUCAUCCCAGACAGUUAUACUGUCAAUAUCAUCAUUGAUGGGUACUGUAAGCAGAAAAAAAUGAAGUCUGCUAUUACCACAUACAAGAACAUGCAGCAGUCGGGGUUAUGCUUUGAUACCGUGACAUUCAAUACUUUGAUGAAUGGUUAUUGUAAAGCAUCCGAUGUGGCUAUGGCUGAAAACAUUGUAAAUCAAAUGUGUGCCUAUGGGUGCUACCCAGAUAUCUUCACCUAUAAUAUUCGACUCCAUGGUUACUGCAGAAGCAGGAAAAUGAAACAAGCUGUCAAGGUCUUGGAUGAGCUCCUUGCAGCUGGAAUUAUUCCCAACACAGUAACAUAUAACACCAUGAUAAAUGGGGUUUGCACCGACGUACUUGAUAGAGCAAUGGUUGUAACCGCAAAGUUGAUCAAGAUGGGCUUCAUCCCAAAUGUUGCAACCGUGAAUACAUUAUUGUCUCAGUUCUGCUUUCAUGGCAUGCCAGAGAAGGCAUUAAUGUGGGGUCAGAGGCUGAAUGCGAUUUCAUUCGAGUUUGAUGAUGUUUCAUACAGAAUAGGGUAUGUAGCAGAACAACGUAUGCAAAAAGGUCGUGGCUUUUCCGGAGGAACGCCUGAAAGGUGUCUCUUCCUAGAUUUCUUGAUGUACAUGACUUCCGAUUUUUUAUACAGAGAUAAACUUCAACAGGAAGCUAGGCAGGAUUCUGGAAAGUCAAUAGCGAUUCUUUCUGCUGUUUCCUGAAAUAUGACCACAAAGUGGAUUCACAAAAUGCAAUUUUCUGGCUCCCAAGAACCUUUCUACCUCCAUUGAGAGGGCUAUUCCGAUUUAGGCAAAUUCUCAGAUGUUUUUCUGGAGUCCAUUAUGCGAUAAAGGUUCUAGCAGAGCAAGAAUAAGCUUGAUGUUAGUUCAGAUGCUUACUGUUAUCUUUAUCAGUGAGCAACAGCGGAUGGAUAUAUCUAAGCCACACUUUUACCGAGUUCCUGGGAAUACCCAUUGCAUUGCCAGGAGUUUGUCUUGUCAGGGCUGUUCCUGAGGUACUGAGAAUCGAUGAUCAUAAUGGUUUGGGAAAAGCAUCUUCUCUGCAGCUCAUUGCAUUGUUGAGGCACUCUCCAUCUCUUGUCAAUGUCAAUAUCGCCUUUUAGUAUCUUUCCAUGUUUUACCGUUCUUCUUCAUGUUCUGUAUUGAUCAUGGAAGUGCGUGGUGGAUACAGCACCUGUUUAAUUCUUCUGUGUGUAACACUGCGCAUUCACCAACUAGUGUAAUGUUGUAGCCCCACCUUACAGCCCCUGUUUUAUGGAGGAACCAAAACUGUUUCAAAGGCGUUUUUUUUUUACUCUUACAGUCUUGAACUCGGAGUUCCAACUCGAAUUCAUCUAGGACUGCAGCGAAUAACUGACUGACCGGAAGCAGACUCCCGCUGGAGGGCAUGAGCCAACCAACCGACCAAACCGUAAGAUGCUUAUGAUCAUGUUCUGCAAUGGCGAAACACAUCCAACAGAAGCUUUGAUAGAAUCUGUGUUGGAGCUGAUAUUGUCCUGAAGUGGACAAAACUUCUUCCCCGAGUGGCAGAGCAGUUUUUUGGUGCGACAUUCUCUCGUCCCCCUUGUCCAAACCUAUACACAUGGUUUGGUCACUUGCCAUUGCCAUAUGUAUCGGCGGUUGUAUCUCCUGGGUCGUGUAAACACUUACGUUUCGUAUUGUCAAGUACUACUGGCACACACUAGGAAGGCCAAAGCAAGCCAUGAGAAGUCCUUGCCUCAGUCAAAGACUCUGAAUCAGAAAGAGGCUUCUAUCCCGGACGUCCAGAUUUGGUUUAUAAAAAUAAAUAAAGAACACAAACCACCACUUGGAUAAUGCAAAAGUAAUCUCUGUCACAAUUAUGGUCUGAUUCACAGAUUAAGCACCUUUGAAGAUAAACAAACCCCUUCAUUAUCCUUCUAAUGAUCGUAAUUAGCGGAGUUUGAGACAUUAUAUUACAAUGCUUAGCAAUCACAUUUGCUUCAGCGUUCAUUUUGUCCCAAUUGAGUGAAAGUAACAGUUUCAGAUGUUUUUAAGAAAAAAAAAAAAAAACUGGAAAUGUUGCAACUAUACAUUGUUUCCCCCUUUGUCCAAAAAAUAAUAAGAGAUUUUCACAAAAUGAAAAAAAAAAAAA